CGGGGCUUCGAGGCGUCAGGUUUUCCUCGUCGCUUAUUUUGCUCCGUAGAAAGAGUUGAGCUGGGUAGGUAAGCAAGUUUUGAAGCUGCAGGAGGAGAGGCCAAGUUUGUCCUUGCUGGCUGCCUCUCGAUCCCGGGAGGCGAGGCGAUUUUGUACCUUAACUUCCACCGCCCUCGCCUCCCAAGCCCUCAACUGCCUGACAGACACCUCAGCAGUCAAGUGAUGAAAAUCCUGCAGUUUGAAGUAAAAGGCUCCUUUUUCCAGGCUUGCAUGGAUCCAGGAUUUGAAAGAAAAUGCCGUUAGGCAAUAACUUCAAGAUGGCAUUGUGAAUACAGAUUCUGCUACAAGAAAAUAACACAGAGCCGGGAGUGUGAGACUGCGACAACCAUUCCCUUGUGUCAUGUCAUUGUCGGCUAUCACAGUGGCAGAAUCAGCCAGAUCGCUGAAGACAAAAAGUGUCCCUCUUCCUCUUGCUCUUUCAACUGCCACUGGCAUCCAAAGUGACCUUGCCUUGUAAAUAUUGUGUCAUCUCUUCGUGGCGAAGAAGUAACUUGGGAUGAAACUGAUAGAGGCAUCUUUAGAAACUCAAACCAAAUGAUGCCAUAUCCCACAAUGCUUCUCCGCUAGUCUGAUGAAGAUUUAUAUCCAUAAUUUUCCAUCAAGAAAAAGGUGGAAAGAGAACUCUGCAGAGAUGAGCUCUUAAUUAAUGCACAGGGUCCCUGCAAGUCCCACCUCUCAACAGCAGUGAUUGACAUCCAAGGAUACAUAAAUUACACUAAUUGAGCUUUGCAUCUACGCAAUCUUUCCACAACCGACUCAUCGGAGGAGAAUUCCUCUGUGCCCCACCGGAAUACCUUUUGUCAUAAGCAGAAAACACAGGAAGUGCUCCAAACAGGAAGAGUGUAUGGUGCGUGCGCUGCCGCUGCUUCUGCUCUUCCCGGCGCUGUUGGGCUAACUGAGGAGAGAAGGCGGAGGAGAGAGUCCGCGCUAAGGCGCCCUGGGUGGACUUAAAUUGAAUGUAGAUCAGAAUUUCAAGUAAUCUGGCCUGAUGUGCAUACAGAAGGAAUGAAGCAUGGAUGUGAAAGAACGCAGACCUUAUUGCUCCCUGACAAAGGGCAGAAGAGACAAGGAACGGCGUUACACAAAUUCUUCAACAGAAAACGAUGAGUGCAGAGUUCCUACACAGAAGUCCUACAGCUCAAGUGAAACUUUGAAAGCUUUUGAUCAUGAUUCCUCCAGAUUGCUGUAUGGAAACCGGGUAAAAGACUUAGUCCACCGGGAAUCAGAUGAGUAUAGCAGACAAGGACAGAAUUUUACCCUAAGGCAGUUAGGAGUAUGUGAACCAGCAACUCGAAGAGGACUGGCAUUUUGUGCUGAAAUGGGGCUCCCCCACAGAGGUUACUCUAUCAGUGCAGGGUCAGAUGCUGAUACUGAAAAUGAAGGAGUGAUGUCUCCAGAGCAUGCCAUGAGACUUUGGGGCAGGGGGGUCAAAUCAGGCCGCAGUUCCUGUCUCUCAAGCCGUUCCAACUCAGCCCUCACUUUAACUGAUACUGAGCAUGAAAACAAGUCUGACAGUGAGAAUGGGACUGCUGCUCAGCCCACCCUAUGUUGGAACACUGAAUAUCAUGAUGAGGAUCUGAUCCUGAAUGGAGAUACUGAAUGCUACCAAAAUACAAGUCCUCCCAUGCCAUCCUCUUCAUCUAGUCAAUCCGUUAUUGAGCAUUUACAUUCCCCUCCUCCAUCACCUAAUCUCCAUGACAACCAGAGAUGGUUGCUAAGUACUAGUGCUAUCCAGCCAGUUCAGGACUCUGACACUGAUGAGGACUAUACUGCCAGCUCUUAUCUAGUACAGACCGGUCCUGUUUCAGUUUUUGCCUCAGGUCAUGAGCAACCUCCAAAUAACCAAGGCCAGUCGACCCUGCAACCUUUGCCACCUUCUCACAAGCAGCAUUCAACACAGCAUCACCCAUCUAUCACCUCCCUUAACAGAAACUCACUGACAAAUAGGAGGAACCAGAGUCCGGCCCCGCCGGCUGCUUUGCCCGCCGAGCUGCAAACCACACCCGAGUCGGUCCAGCUGCAGGACAGCUGGGUCCUUGGCAGUAAUGUGCCACUGGAAAGCAGGUAAUCCUUUAGGAACUUGUAAGACUUCAGUUUUGCUCAG